AUGUCAUUUGGAUCCUUUCAGUCCAUCUGCUCCAAAACAGGCUUCCCGCUUUGCUCGGUCAUUGCUCCUCUCAGCCAGGAGCAUACCUUUGUUACGGAAGGUAUCGUUCCUCAAUGCUACGCUCGUCCGUUCGAGUCAGCAAACACCAUGAUUUUCCAAGUCGGAAAUGCAUUCAUUCACAUCGGUGCGCUUAUGAUCAUUCUCAUCAUUAUUUUCAAUGUCUGGUCUAAGUACAUGGCCAUUGGUCGCCGUGAAAUGUUGAGUUUCUUCUACUACUACAUGGCGUUGGAGAUCCUCUCCUUGGUCGUAGACUGUGGUGUUUGUCCUCCUGGCUCUGCCACUUAUGGCUACUUCGUGGCGCUCCAACUAGGCACUGUCGGCGCUGUGUGUUUGUGUCUCUUGUAUAAUGGUCUUCUAAGCUUCGAAUUGUGGGAAGACGGCCUGCUGCGGUCCAUGUUGGUAAUGCACUCUAUAUGUGGAGCAUGGUUUGUUGUCAAUUUCGUGGUGUCUCUUCUUACGUUCAAAUCCUGGGGUGGCAUGCAUAACAGUAACACAACUGCCGUAUUCGUUGUUACCUAUAUCGGUAAUGCAGUGAUCCUAGCAUUCUACAUCGUGUCGCAGGUCGUCUUGUCCUUCUUCACUGGCAACACCUACUGGAACCUAGGUGCCUUAUUUCUUCUUUCAUUCUUUUUCGUUGCUGGCCAGAUCCUCAUCUACGUGUUCAACCAGACCAUUUGUGAACGUCUUUCCCACUAUGUUGACGCCCUCUUCUUCGCUUCUCUCGGGAAUCUCUUUGCUGUGAUGAUGGUUUACAAGUACUGGGAUAUGAUCACGCCCGAGGACUUUGAGUUCUCCGUGGCCCCAGUGGCUCCAUUCCAGAAUCAGCCAAUGUAUGACGACAAGAAGAGCCCAUUCGAUACUUCCAGUCCUCGCUAG